CCUGCAAUCUUGUGGGUGAAAAUGACUGCUCUUCGCUUGAUCCUGGCAGCCCUGAUUGUCCGUAACACCGUCAGCGUGCAGGUGGAUGUCAAGGUACGGGUCCCGAGCAGAGUGAGCGGCAGGCUGGGCGCCCCCGUUAUCCUGCCCUGUAAGUUCAACUCCUCCUUCGCUCACUACACCACAGUGGAGAUCACCGUGCUUUGGAGGACGAGGAAAUUCUUCGAGGGGCCGGUUAUAUUCCACUCCGUGAACAGCGCCAAUAACGAGACCUUGAUAAAGGUGAACGCAAGAGAGCGCUACACGCUGGUCGGGAACCCCAGAGAGCAGGACGCCUCCCUCCAGCUGGACUGGGCAGAGCUGGAGGACAAUGAUCAGUAUUUCUGCCGUGUGGAAGUCUCCCGGAAACUGAUCUACACGUCCAAGCAUGAGAGCAACCCGGGAAUCACCCUGGAGGUGACAGGUCAGCCCGAGAUCCUGAACCUGACGCAGCACAGAGUGAACCAGACUCACCAGAUCCUGACAUGCACCGCGGAGGGCAAUCCUAGACCCACUAUUACUUGGACCAACCCCAGAGGCAACCAGACCUCCGUCACUCGCAUACUGGACCACUACCGGAUCGAGAGCUGGGCGCACAAUCCGCAGGUCACCGGUAACUAUACCUGCACAGUCACUAACCAGCUGGGUACCACAUCCCGCUCCGUCUAUUACCAAGGCAACGAGGUGAUGCUGAGCUUUGAAUUACUCUUGGUCAUCAUCUGUGUCUCUACAGUCCUUCUGAUCAUUCUCCUCGCGGUUGGAGUCUUCAUCUGGAGGGCGAAGAAAGAUAAAGGAAGUUACACCGUGGGCCACCCGGAGGAUGACAUCAAUUCGACAUAAUGAUGAACUGAUCGAUGAACACAGCGAGCGUCUGCCUUCCACAGUGACUGGCAAACUCCUGUGCUGGGAGGCUAAUCUGGGACGCGAGCAUGACCGGCUGCAAGGGUGUGCCUCGGAUUGCGAUGAUGAUGUGCAUCUGACUGCAGCCACAUGAACCCUAUCAUCUUACUUGCACAAAUACAAUUUGGAGAAGGAAAAAGCUACAGUUCUAACAAGGGCAGAGUCUUGCCUCUGGGUAAUUGUCUCCGUGUUUCCCCUCCACCAACUUCCCACCCCACCACCACCAGCUGGAAAAACCUCGACAUCAAGCGUCGAGCUCUGGGCACUUUAAGCUCUCUGGGAUGCGUGAGGUACCCUAUAUAAAUGCAAGUUGUUUUUGUUGUCCUACUGUCCAAAAUGCUGCUACAUAAUUUAUUGAAGACUUCUUUUUGUUGUUUUGUGCAAUUUUUUCCUGUGGUUGUUAUAUUUUUUGAGACGACACCCGAUGUGAAAAGCGCUGUACAAAUGUAUUUUUUUUGUUGUUGUUUCCAUUCAGAGCCUCUCUGUGAUGGAGGGUAUGAGAUACACCCUGAGGUCUGAGCUGAUUAGGGAGAGUCAACAUGGCUUGUGACGGGUAGAUCAUAUCUAACUAAUCUAGUUGACUUCUUUGAGGAGAUCACGAGCAUUGUGGAGAAGGGAGUGCCUUUGGAUGUUAUUUAUGUGGACUUUCAGAAAGCAUUUGAUAAGGUGCUACACCAGAGAUUAAUAGUAAAAAUGAAAGGGCACAGAAUUGGAGAUAACCACGUUAGAGGGGUUGGUAAUUGGUUGGGAGGCAGAGAGUAAUGGUACGUUCUCUAAUUAGAAGGAAGUAACAAGUUGGGUUCCCCAGGGAUUGUUAUUGGGGCCUCAGCUCUUCACAUUUAUAUAUCAAUGACGUGGAUGAAGGAACAGAGGGCUAUAUAUCCAAAUUUGCAGAUGACACUUCAAUUGGGAGAUGGGAUAAAUUAUGUAAAUGGAGGCAGGAAGUUACAAACGGACAUGGACAGGUUAAGUGAGUGGACAGAACUAUGACAGAUAGAGUUCAAUGUGGGGGAAGUGUGAGUUUAUCCACUUUAGAUCCAAGAAUUCCAGAUCAGAAUACUUUCAAAACUGUGGAGGAGCAAAAGGGAAUUAGGUGUCCAUGUACACAAAUCACAAAAGGCUGGUACACUGAUGCAGAGAGCCUUUAUCUCAAAGGGAUACAAAAGUGAGCAAGCGAUAUUUAAGUUGUAUAAUAAUAAUAAUAAUAAUCCUUGCAUUUUAUAUAGCGCUUUUGAC